AUGAUGAAGAACUUCAUUUCUUACCUUCUCUUUGUACCUCAACUAACAACAUGUUUUUCUGGCAACCAAUUAAGCGUUAGUAGAAACACCCUGAUAGGAAAUAUCAGUAGUGGUCAUCCACUUAAAGUAUCCGUUAUAGGAAGUGGUAGUUGGGGAACUGUCAUUUCAAAAAUUGUAGCCGAGAAUACGAACAAAUCAAAGACAUUUCACCCAUUAGUUAGGAUGUAUGUGAACGAAGAAAUUAUUGACAACGAGAAAUUGAGUAAUAUCAUUAAUAUGAAAAAAGAAAAUGUAAAAUACAUGAAGGGAAUGAUAAUACCAGAUAAUAUACAAGCCAUUUCGAACCUCAAGGAUGUGAUAGAAGAUGCUGAUUUGCUCAUUUUUGUAGUUCCUCAUCAAUAUUUGGAGGACGUACUGAACGAAAUUGUCCAAAACAGAAAUCUCAAAAAAAAUGCAAAGGCAAUAAGUUUGAUGAAAGGAAUAAAGAUAGACAAUUACAAACCCACCCUCUUAUCAAAUAUAAUUGAGGAGAAAUUAGAAAUUGAAUGUUCAGCUUUGUCAGGCUCCAAUAUUGCCAAUGAAUUAUCUAAGGAAAAUUUUAGCGAAAGUACAAUAGGUUUUAAGGAUAUUCAGACAGUGGAAAUAUGGCAAGAAUUAUUUGAUAGAACUUAUUUCAAGAUAAAUUGUAUUCAGGAUAAGCCUGGCGUGGAAACAUGCGGGGCAUUAAAAAAUGUUGUCGCGUUAGGCGUAGGAUUUGUAGAUGCGUUCAGAAAUAGCAACAACACACGGUCAGCAAUUAUUAGAAUAGGUCUGCACGAGAUGAAGAAAUUUGCAAAGCUGUUUUUCCCUGACGUUCUAGAUGAAACAUUUAUAGACAGCUGUGGUUUGGCCGAUCUCAUAACAACAUGCCUUGGAGGGAGAAACCUAAAAUGUGCGAGAGAGUUUGCCCUACGCAAAGGAAUGAAUUCAUGGGAUCAGAUUGAAAUGGAGCUCUUAAAUGGACAAAAGCUUCAGGGAAUCCACACAGCAAAGGAAGUGUACGGUGUUCUGGAGCAUCACAAAUUAAAAAACAAAUUUCCAUUAUUCAGCACAAUUUAUGAAAUAGCGUUUGAACAUAAAAAUCCAUCAAGCAUUAUUGAUGUUCUUUCAACAAAAAAGUUAAGACAUAUAAGGUAUAGAAAAUAA